AUGCCACUUAAAGUUUCGGGACUUUCCAUCGUCUGCUUACCCCUGUUAUUCUCUGAAAUGUUCGGCAUUCUUCUUCACACUCUACAUCCGUUCAAGAACUCCCGUGGUUGUAUGGCUUUUUCCGCUACCGAGAAACAAGCUUGUAGCGUCAGUAAGCGACCUACGCGUCAGGGACGCAGCGACCUAAAGAGCGACACGGGCAUCGUGGCCUGCCCUCAACAGGGAGAACUCGCCGAGAUACUUCUUGCGUUCGCUUGUUUUAUACGUCCACAUUCUCAUAUGCGACUGACCACCUGCUCAGGACCGACCGUGUCAGAGCAUACACGUUGGGCAGACCAGCAAAGCCGUUUCGAUGAAGUCGGUGUCUUGUGUAGUCAAAGGUUUUGCUGGGUUCGUCUUCUCUCAUACACAAACAGGUAUGGCUAUGUACUGCCGGCGCGGGGUUACGUGCGAAAGAUCUGAUCAACAGUCUCGUGUGUCAAAAUGGUAAGACUUACCUGUGAGUAGCCUGACAAGCCGCUGUCGAUGAGCAGUGCCUAGAAAACGUCCGUCUGUGUGUGUUUUCCAAGAAUUUUCCUGUUUUUUUGUCGUCCGUCACUCCUCUGUGGUCUCAUGCUGUCCGUGGAGGGGGGGGGUGCUCAAAUCCAAAGUCGGGAACGAGUACUUGCCCGGUGCCUGAGUUGGGCUUUGUUUCUCUCGAUCUUCCUCAUGUGGCAGCAAAGUAAAUCCUUUUUUC